AUGGCGAACGCGACGGAUCCGCUCGCGAAGAGCGUCCGGGGGACGGACCCGCAGAACCUCAUGGAGCGAAUCACGCGCGAUAAGGUGUACGCCAUGACGUACUGGAAGGAGAAGUGCUUCGGCGUGAGCGCCGAGGCGUUGGUCGAUCUCGCGGUCGACCUCAGGUCGGUGGGUGGGAUUUACGGCGGGAACAACAGAGCGACGGAGUUUUUGUGCCUCACGCUGAAGCUGUUGCAGAUACAGCCUGAGAAGGAGAUCGUGUUAGAGUUUAUUAAGAAUGAGGAUCACAAGUACGUCAGGUUGCUCGGCGCGUUUUACCUACGGUUGGUGGGGAAACCGACGGACGUGUACAGAUACCUCGAGCCGCUGUUGAACGACUAUAGAAAGGUUCGGUAUCGCACGCGUGAUGGGAAGUACGCACUGACGCAUGUGGAUGAGUUUGUGAACAAUUUGUUGACGAAGGAUAUGUUUUGCGACGUGACGCUCCCACGCGUGCCGCAUCGCCAGGUGUUAGAGGCCGCGGGAGCGCUUGAGCCACGCGUAUCUGCGCUUGAGGAGGAUAUCGCAGAUUUGGAGGAAGAGCUCGAGAGCGCGGUGGAGGAGGCAAUAGGUCAACGGAUGAACAUGGAUGUCGACGCAGGCGAGGCCGCUGCCGCGGCGUCCACUCGAGGUGCGCGCGAGGACGGCGAGAUCGUUGCGUCGGGAUCGAAGCGUUCGCGCGAGCACGAUGGCGUUCGGUAUCGAGAAUGUGACGAUAGCGACGGUGACAGGUACGUCCGAAGGCGCGAGCGGUCGAGAUCUAGGAGUCGCGACCGCGUGCCGGCACGCCGCGACGACGCUCGGCCCGGAGUUUUGGCUAGUGGCGAAGAGAUGGAUCACAGAGAGAAGAAGGAGAAGAAAGAGAAGAAGGAAAAACGAGAGAAGAAGGAGAAGACCGAGAUGGACCCCGAAAUCGCAGAGGCGAAUGCGAUCAGGGCCAAGCUCGGGUUGAAGCCGCUUCGUGGAUGA